GUCACUGCGACGCCAGUGGAACAACAUUGUGUUGUGUAAUUUUUUCUCGAGGAAUCUAAAUUGUUAAGUUAUUCAUACUGCUACUCACGCGUUGUUAGUUCCAUAGAAAAACGAUGUUUUUGUGUAAAAAUAGAACUUUAAUAAAUUACCAUCGGACUAGAUUCAACAAGUGUUCUUCAUUCAAGUGCUUCGUACAAUUUUUAAGUAAAAAACCUUUUCAUCCUCGGUAAACUUGCUUUUCUGAUUAAUAAUUUCAAAUAUCUGAUUAAUUUAAAAUGAAAGUGUAUUUGAAUAUUUUCAUUCUUUCUACUUUUUAAUUAUAUUUUAUUUAUAUUUAUCAUUGCUUAAUAGUUUUUUCCUAUGUAAAAUUGAAUCAAUGGUGAGAAACAAUAAUCAGUGUUAAAUUAUAUAACCGGACAUUCAGUGAAUACCAAUUGUACAUUUUAUCUAAAUUUGACUGAUCAAGGACUCACACGUGCCGAAUAAUAAAUCCUGCAAGGAUCGAUAGCUGUGGUAUGGGAAGGAAAUCAAUGGACAUUUACUGUUCUCCAGAAUCCUAGGCGUUCGCAAAUCUUCUAGAGUUCAGUAAACUCCUGGUCACGGUGACGUGACUGUGAGCGCCGCAUAAAGGGGCUUAAUGGAGAAAUGACUUAUUUCCAGCCGUAACCCGAACACCGGUCCGAGCAUAGACGUUUACGGGGUGACGGAUAGCGGGCGCACGUGACUGGUCACGUGGAUAGAACAUCAGAGAAAUCGAGGAACGCUGAUCGUGGUGAUUCUACGACUGUUUUCCUUCGUUUAAACCCAGAUAGAGAAUUCGACGCGUGACUUACGAUACAUCAAAGGAGAUUAAGAGAAAUUUCUCCUUGAUCCAUCGUCCGCAAAUCAGCCAUUGUGAUUCAUACAAUGAUCGUCUAAGGUGCAGGUGUGUUUGCGGGAAGUGGAAGAUUUGCGGUUUGAAGAUCAAAGAGGUGUAAUUUCUCUGCCCGUCGCAAGGGGAAACCUUAAUAUGAGCUGACACGACCGUUCAGUUGGAGACAGCAUAGGUAUCUUUGACGAGGUCACGAAGAAAAUCUUAUCACGCUUCAUCGUAACUUCAUAGCCGCCGGAAGUGGUAAGAAGAGGAAGAAUCGCAGGAUGCCUGGCGAGGUGCGCGCGCAACCCUUAGACCCAACUAUGUACGGUGGUAGCAUAAUGCAGCCCGACGAGGAGAUUCAGUACGCGCCAAGGAGUCGUCCUGUUAGCUUUUACGAUAAUUUUAAGGACGUGCCAAUGGUGGCACCUUGCGUGACUUCCGCUCUAAGCGCCGACAAUUUGAAUCAGGUUCGUGACAACGGUAUUAGCUCGUCGAUGGCCACGGCCAAUAACAACAAUAACAACAAUCGAGUGAGUAGCGCAGUCAGUGCUGGUAACGUGUCGAAGAUCCAGAACGCCAAGGUCACCGGUGCAGUAUCGACAGGGAAUAUUGGGAAAAUCUAUCGGUUAGAAAAGGAAAAAGAGUUGGGUCGCGCCCCGUCAAUGGCCAAUUGUUUGUCAACCACGGUUCCCGUUAACCUGGCAGCCGCUCAAAUUGCUGGUCGGCACACGCCCACAAGGAAUUCCCUCAGGCACAGCAGAAUGAUCGUAUUGCAUCGCAGUGGUCAUCGACCUCAAAAAUUCCUACCGCCGUUGGUUUAUCACUGGCGGUUAGGACGGUGUUUAGCAGCGUUGCAAACGAUUCUCGGUAUCGCGAUAACUUCGUUGUCAUUAUGGUUAUUACUUUGGGCACCUCAUCUACCUGUGACGGAUAAUCCCUAUUGGAGUGGAAUGCCGUUGUUACUUUCGGGUAGCUUCGGUAUUUGCUUGCUGUGCUGUUUCAAAAAGGAAUACCCCGUCAUGAGUCCUGGAUUGUGUCUCACUUUGAUCAAGAUAAUCAGCGUGCUACUGGCAACUCUAGCAACAGUGACCUGUUCCAUCGCGUGUAUAUUCUCUGCGAUACACCUGGCGCGUUUAAUGGGCCUGGAAUGCAACCCAGCGCGGGUAUUAAACGCUACCUGCGUGUGCAGGCCUCGUGGGAAUACGUCGAACUUCACCGAAUCGGCAGUUAGAUACAUGGAUUUGAAUUGUCCCGAAGUAGAGAGUAUUUUGAUCAUUCUUCUCAUCUUUUCCACCACUUGCAAUGCCCUUGGAGCCCUAGUAUCGGGCUGGUAUACCUACCUACAUUGGAGUACCAGACACAAAAGGCCAAAAUACAUGCAAGUGAGAACCACUCCGAUCAGUGGGAAUAACUUCCUCAGCAGCAGGCCAAUAUACAAUCCAAAUUUGAACGAACGAUGACAGUCUUCACAUGAUACUGACGAAGAAACAUCGUAUCUUCGUUAUUCAUCAUUAACGAUGGAUGAUGGAGUAUUCUAAAGGUGUUUCGAAGUUAGCAAUGACAGUUUCUCCCGGAAAUUUAGCAGUGAAUGUUACAUAAACAACAAUAACGGUGAUUUUACUUAAAAAAACUCGUUGGAGGAGCUCUUUUUAUAUAUGUGUUUUAAUACGACAACGGACUAAUAACGAAAUACUUCUGUUUAUAUUGAGGAUACAUACCAAAAGUAACACGUUGAAAUACGUGUGAGCUAGUCUUGGAUAAUAAAAUAGAUCUACAAGUGGUUCUUAAGCGAAAGUUUGUAAUACAGUAUGUAUAAACUUAGGGAAGAUUAGAAUAAGUGGUAAGAAAUUAUAUUUAUAAUUGAUUAAAGUGGUAUUUAAUAGAUAAAAGUCAAGAAGACUAGGAUAAUGAUCGCGUAAUUGAAUUUACUAAUUAUUUAAAAACCUUCUUAAUGUGUUCUUAAUAUUUAUUACACCAUAACUAAGGAGUACAUUGCUAAGUAGGUAGUAAUUGGUAUGUUUUUAAAAAGGAUGAACGUAAUUUGUUGUUAACAUGUCAAGUCACGUAAUGCAACUUUUGAUAAUUCAUCGAUAAUGUAGAAAAACUUCAUAGGUUAUAAUAUCUGAACUAAAACACAUUCUCUUUUACUAAAGAAUAACAUACUUGAGUAGUUUCAUAUUAUUAUUAUAAGGUUAAUUAAAAGGAAACAAGUUCUUUUCGAUGGUGGAAACGUAUUCAGAAAGAAAUCGAGUCAGAACUUGAUUCCUGCAAAGUAAUUUUCACGAUUAAUUUACGCGUGGAUCGUCAGUAUUUUAGGUGUAUUAUAGUAAAGAAAGCAAGUGAAUGUAUCGCGCGCGCGCGUGUUUGUGUGUGUGUGUGUUCGUUCAUUCGUACGUAUACCGUGUUUGUAAUGUGAGCAAGUAAAUUAGGAGCAUGAGUGAAACGCUUUUUAAUUUCUAUACUUGUAUAUCAUCGAUUUUAUACCUCAUCGCUAUUCCUGUCUUUAAGGAAUGAAUUUUAAAACUGCAUCUAUAAAUUAUGUCAUAACGUAUGCACAUUGGUAGAAAAUCAAUUUAUCAAAUUUUAAUAGAAACGGAUGAAUAAAUCAGUUCAGUAACAAAACAUCUGGCUGGAUAAAAUUGA